GCUAAGCGGAGAAAAAAAGAGAAAAAAAUAGUAAGACAGGGAGGGGGAGGAAACUUCACUGAUUUACAGGAAUUUUGACAAAGUUGGACCUCGGGACCAGAUUGUUCGGGUUGCUUGGAGUUUCGGACAGGAGGUCGGAGUCGUCUGAACCGAGAUGAUGGAAGACUCUCAUUUUAAUUCCUCAUAUUUCUGGUCUCACCUCCCCACUGUGCCCACGCAGCUUGAGAAUAGCAUGUUUCUGAACAAGGUGAAGGAGCACCAGGAGAAGAACGCCUCCUUCUCUCCGUCAUCGGCCUCACACUACCAGACUACUCUUCUUACCAUCCCAACUCCUGGAGCCAAGACAGAUGGCGGCGGGCAGGCUGGCGGUGCGGCGCACCUCCACCCGCCUCACAGCGCCCAGAACAUCACAGUGCUGCCCGUCCCCUCGACAGGCAUCAUGACAGCAGCUGGUCUGGUGAUCACAACACCUCAGGGAACGCUGGUCUCUCCCACGUCCUCUCAGUCAUUUGUCUCCGGUCAUCCAGCGACCACCAUGAUAGUUUCGGCUCUUCCUUCUUCAGACAAGAAAGAAGGAGACGGGACGUCCCACGUGGUUGUGAUGCCGUCUCCCUCCAAACGAGGGAGAAAGAAAAAGGUGACUACGCUGUCCAGAGUUGCCACUCUGGGUGGACCAGGACAUGACACGCUAAUACUGACACACCUGACACCUGGCGGACAUGUGUCAUCUUUGCAGCAUCAUCAUCCCGGAGAUCCAUACGAGAUGUCCCAUGAGGACGAAGAACAUGGACAUAAAGACUCCACAAAGACAUACAGGUGCCGGAUGUGUGCGGCGACCUUCUUCAGUAAGUCUGACAUGCAGAUCCACUCCAAGUCGCACACAGAGGCCAAACCUCACAAGUGUCCUCACUGCGCCAAGUCGUUCGCCAACUCGAGCUACCUGGCCCAGCACAUCCGCAUCCACAGCGGGGCCAAGCCUUACACCUGCUCCUACUGCCAGAAAUCUUUCAGGCAGCUCAGUCACUUACAGCAGCACUCACGGAACCACACGGAGUCAAAACCCCACAAGUGUCCCCACUGCACCAAGUCCUUCGCCAACUCCAGCUACCUGGCUCAGCAUAUCCGCAUCCACACCGGAGUGAAACCUUACUCCUGCUCGUACUGCGACAAGUGCUUCAGACAGCUCAGUCACCUGCAGCAGCACAGCAGAAUCCACACCGGCGAUCGGCCGUACAAGUGCACCCAUCCUGGCUGUGAGAAGUCCUUCACCCAACUCUCAAAUUUACAGUCCCACCGCCGCCAGCACAACAAAGACAAGCCCUACAAGUGCCCCAACUGUAAUAAAGGAUAUAUAGAUGCAGCCAGCCUGGAGGUGCACAUGUCCACACACACUGUCAAACACGCCAAGAUCUACUCGUGUGGUCUCUGCAACCGCUCUUAUACCUCAGUAAGACAAAUGUCCAUUUCUGAAGAGCAUUUCUACAUGAAACACUAUGAAACGCCGCACUGGCAUCAGACGCCUGGCAGCUACUUUACACCGUGUAGUCAUGUGUCCACUGUUUCCCCUUUGCCUAUCCUCCCUUCAUCUCAGGAGACGUAUCUGGUGAAACACAUGGAGAAACACAACCCAGACCAGUUGACUGCUUCUGUAGUCUCUGCAGCGCAGGCGGCGCAACAGAGCCAAAGCCAGGCCCAGGGCCAGGCUGGAGCUCAGGGCCGGGUGGAGAGCACGGACGGAGGUUCGCGCCGACCCGGAGGCGCGGGCGGCGGAGCGGCGGGCGGCGGCCAGCAAAGCCAGAACAGCUACCCCCAGACAGAAACCAUGCCUUGUCCGUUUGACCUGCAUCAGUACAAGACGGUAUCUGCCGGCGACAUCCAGUACAAACCAGUCAGCGUGUCUGACAUCACUUCCCACAAAGACCUCUGUCUCACUGUGUCAGCGUCCACCAUCCAAGUGGAGCACCUCAACUCCUAGAGGCGAAGGGAGAUGAAACCGAGGCAAACAGGAGAUGGAGACUAAAAGGAUUAAAGCAAUACUAGGAUAAAAUAGAAACUCUGGAACAAGUGACCGUGCCUGACCAGUGAUUUGAGGCAGACAAGACAAAGCAUACGCUGACAUGUUAUACUGAAGACUUCUCUUUUUUAAAUUUUUUUGGUUUUUGCCAUUUUUUUUUCUUCCUCUCUCUUUCUGCUUAGUUGUUCUGUUGGAGUGGAAACUGCAUGUAAAGACUAAGUAUGUUUCAAUCCAUCACAGUGAUGGCUUUACGAUGGGAUCUGAACUUGUUUCUUUUUAUUGUUACCACCAAAUGAUCUUCCGAGCAAAUGCAGAUUUGACCAUAGCAAUGAUGGAGCAGGCAGUUAACGGUGAAGGUAAAUUUUUAUACUUUCAUACAGACUUUCAGUCUUUAGAUCAGUGUUAUUGCCUCUGCUGUUUGUGUAGCAUACAUGCUUUUGAUCUUUUAAACCUUAAAAGGGAUCUUAAAGGUUACUUCCUUCACAGGAAAAAAAAAGCAAUCAAGUAUAUAAAGUUAUAUACUACCACUUUAUUAAGUAUGAUCGAAUAUCUAAGGAAUUAAAAGAUGAAUUUAUUUGCAGUUUCACAUGGCCUUUGAAGAAAUAAUAUACUUCAGCUGUCAUGUGAUCAAGUGUAGUACUUUGUGUGUUUGUCCAUAAGGUAAUGUUAUACAAAUGUCCUCUUGCUAUAAUACUUCCACCAUAACAAUGUUUAUUAUACUUCUUUAAAGAAACAUUAACUCACUUAAAGUUUGUGCAGCUCUUCUUAAUGCUUAAAAUACAAUAAAGAUUAUAAAAUGUUU